CAUCGUCUUGCCUUGACGACGCGCAAAAACUUGUGCCUUGAUUUAUUCCACAUUUUCAUGAAUUAAAAUCGUAAUCAUAAUGCAGCGAGAGGAAAAGCAGCAAGAUGCGGUGCUGGAAGCAGUCAUUAGUCGAGUCAACGACCUCAAAACGUCAAUUGGGGCAAUGAUCUUCAAGGUCGAAAAUGAAUACGAAACGCUCAACUGGCCAAAUUUCCUCGAUAAUUUCGCUCUUAUUUCAGGACAGCUAACGUCCCUGACGAAAAUCCUGAGCAACGAAAAAGCUCCAGCAUUGAGAAACUUCACCGUUCUUCCCUUGAUGCUCAAGCCCGACUUGGACGAGAACUUGGCCAGAGUCACCGAGGGCCGUCUGACCACUUUUUCGCACGAUAUUGUACCAGACUACUUGAGAACAAAGCCGGAACCUGAUGCAGAAAUGAAGAUGGUGCAGCUGGAGCACAAAGCAAACUGCGUCACCUACGAAACUACACAGAAACAAGUCGCUACCAUGAACAAAGUGGUUGGACACGUGUGGGACUUGGUCAACAAGGCCCGAGAGGAAUGGGAGAGUGAGGCCGGCUCUCGAUCCGGAGCAGCGCAGACGUUCUCGCUCACGGACACGCCUCUCUUAGUUGCAGCCAUCAGCAUGGGCAAGGGUCUCAAACACACCGUUACUCCAGGGGCGAUGAUGGGUGGCCCCCCACCAGGCCCGCAAAGGGGUCCCGGGGCGCUGGGCCCGCCACAAGGGCCGCCAGGAGGCAUCCCAGGCCAAAUGGGACCAAUGGGCAAGGCGCCAAGUGCAAUCAAAACGAACAUCAAGGCUGCCGGUCAGAUGCAUCCCUACAGAUAAAGACAGUGUGUGCGUUCUCUGGAGACUAUUUAUUUGUGACCACUACAUAAAAUAUUGCGAUCUGUAAAUAAACCACAUAAGAACACUUGAAUACAUA